AUGAAGAAAGACCAGAAUUAUGGGACUGGCGAGCAUUGUGGGGAAGAUUGCUUCCUUCCGUCUUACAGUCUCAGUGGUAUUGUACCACAAGGUUUCGGCGGUCAACAUAAACUCGUGGUUGUAUACCCGUUCACUAUUGAAAGCCAUGGAGUCCCGACCGAGGACAGAGAAUCCUGGCCGGAUGCGCCACCACAUGUACUUUCCUCGACCCUGCUUACCAUGCAAUUUCCAUGCAAGCAAGCUGCAGAUAACGUUCUGCUGGCUGUAGUUGUGUACCUUCUCCGCCGUAAUAUGAGGUAG